AUGGCUUUUCAUUCUGUAUUUCUCGUUUUCUUAGGUGGCCUGGCACUUUGCUCUGAAGCUGCACCAUUGGUAAGUGACCCCCCUGAUACCAAGCAUCCUCUUUCUGUAAAAGUUGUGGAUUCCGUCCGAGGAAGUCCAGCUCCAAAUGUUGCAGUUAAAUUAUAUAAAGGAGCUGCAGAUGGAUCUUGGGAACUGUUAAAUUCACAACAAACCAAUGAAAAAGGAGGCCUCUCAGACCUUACAACAAAAGAACAAUUUGUAGCAGGGUUAUACAAGCUUGAGCUUGAUACAGCCUCUUACUGGAAGAGUCUGGGCUUGAAUCCCUUCCACCAACACGCUGAUGUGGUGUUCACAGCUAAUGAUGCUGGUAAUCGGCGUUACAAGAUUGCUGUUGUGCUCAGUCCCUUCUCUUACUCAACCACAGCAGUAGUUAGCGAGCCAGUGGAAUAA